AUGCAUGCCAUCUUAAUCAUUAACCGUGCAGGAUCUCUGAUUUUUCAUCGUGAAUAUGGGCCGGCUACGACAUCACUAACACCAAAUGAAUACUUGAUUCUAGCUGGAACCAUUCAUGGUGUUCACGCCAUUUCUACGCAAAUUAGUCCUUUGCCAGGAUCCUCUGGAAUUCAAUGCUUAGAAGCUACAACGUUCAAUAUGCACAUCUUACAAACGCAUACCGGAGUCAAAUUUGUGUUAUUUACAGACAAGAAAAACACUAACGUACUACCUCAUUUACAAAAAUACUACGAGCUUUACGCAGAUUACGUUCUGAAAAACCCUUUUUACACUUUGGAGAUGCCUAUUAAAUGCCAAUUAUUUGAAGAACAGCUGAAAAGAUACAUAGAUUCUCAUUGA